AAAGAACACCACCCAAGACCAGCCAUUCCUUGUCACUGUCAGGAAACCUGAAAAAUGAAGCCGAAGAUGAAGUAUUCAAACUCCAAAAUUUCCCCAGCAAAGCUCAACAGCACAGCAGAGAAAGCCUUGGCGCAGCCUUGCAAACUAAGAAGAUCCCAGCAGAAGGCCAAAGAAAUUUGCCAUGUGUACUGCAUGAGGCUCCGUUCUGGCCUCACCAUACAAAAGGAUAACUCUUACUUUGGGAAAGAACCCACCAAAAGAUAUUCGCUAAAAUCAGGUAGAAAGCACGAAGACAACUUCUCUGCCUAUUCACAGCAUGUUAUGAAGAGGGCCCUGUUUGCUGGACGCAGUUUCCAAGCGUACACUCCGUCAUUUGACUCACCAAGUAUCCGAGGACUUUCACUUUUUACAGAAUCUUGUGCUUCCCUGAGCACGUAUAAUGACCAAUCCGUUAGUUUUGUUUUGGAGAAUGGAUGUUACGGGAUCAAUGUUGAAGAUUCUAGAAAAGACCAAGAAAAAGACAAAGUGCUACUGCGUUAUUAUGAGUCCUCCUUUUCCGCAAGUGAAUCAGGUGACGGUGUGGAUGGGAAGAUGCUGAUGGUGAACAUGAGUCCCAUCAAAUACACAGACAUCUGGCUGCAUGCCAACGACAAGGAACACUCCGUGGAGCUCCAGAGGGGGCAAGUCCCGCCUCCGAAGCAGGCCUUCUUCGUCCUUCACAGACAGUCUUCUGACUACGUUUCAUUUGAAUGCAUAAGCCACCGUGGGACGUUCAUAGGAGUAAAAGAUAACCAGCUUGCCCUAACUAAAAAUAAUGACAUAAGUAGUUUUUUUAAGCUCUCUAAAGUUUAAUGUAAUAAAAAGCUUGCGGGUUCUGGGUUGGCUGAAUGACUCAAAUGUUACCACCGACGAAAGGAUAAAAACCAUUCAAAGGUUUAAGAUGAUGUGGAAUGUUUUCUUAUUACAUAUGAAAAUUCUUUUAUUUUCUUCUGUACCACUACACGUUCAAUUAAAAAAAAAAAAGAAUAUAUGACUUAGGACAUUGGUAAAGAAACUGUUUGAAAGAGAUUCAGCCUUGCCCUUGACUUUUUUCUACUUUGGGUCCUGAACAGAACCACACUUACAGAUAUCCUCAGAAGAGCAAGCACCAUAGCUCAUGUUAUGCUUUAGGCAGGGAACAUUUUUAAAACCUUAAAAAUAAAAACAAAACCCUACACAAUGCUCCCUGGGUCUAACAAAUGACUAACUGCAGAUACUGACUGUUUCUCAAUUAGAAUAAAACACCAGGUGCACUGGUAGAUCUCGGCAACCUUCGGACCAGCUGUGUCUACCAAGAACCGUAGCACUCCAAACGCCUACCUACCUAUAUGUACGUGAUUGCUUUUUAAAAGGAAUCUGAUUCUUAACAUAGCAACUUAACCUUAAGCCAGCCAAGCUCACAUUAGGAAAGAAACACAUUUUACCCGUGUGACUGAAAUCAUCGACUGACUAUAUCUAACAAACCUAAACUCUUCUGUAAGUACUGAGCGGGACAUAUAUUAGGAUAUCCAAGUAGAACGGGAUCUCACAGUGCUGUCAGAGGGCCUCAUGCUAAAGAGGCACUGAAUUAAUUUUUAAUAGCUGGCUAUCACCUAGGUGUGUGGCACACUGGGUCCUUCUUGUCGAUUUCCAAAGAGCGAUGACUUGGAUAUGUACAUCAACUUGGAUGAAAUUCCUCUACUGCUUGCGCUCCUUAUGCACAGGUUCUGUUGUUUGCUCCAGAGCAGCACUGCUCGCUGUGAAACAUAUCAGCUUAACUUCUGCCCUUUCUUUGGUUCUUUCAACCAACAAAUCCUUAGUGUAUCUCCUAUUCCCUGAGCUUUGCUUCUGUUUUUCUCUGACAUCUACAUGCCAACACCUUUAUUCUGCUGUGUUUACUUUGCACUGUAGAGUUUUAUGUAUACCUAGAGGUUACACGGUUGUUCACUAAACUUUUUAUGUGCUUUACUGCUACUAAAGUAGUAAAAUAUAUGUUCAACCAUAUAGUAAUAUUUUAAGCUACUAAAAAAUAGCUUUGCUUGUUUAGACAACAGCAAUUUUUACUACAUUUUUAUAGGCUUAAAACUUAAUAGUAAAUGAGAAAGACAAUAACAGAAAAUUGAUGGAUUAUAAUAUGACCAUUUCUGAAACUGUUAGCUCUGAGUUUCCAAUUGAUGAAAUCUAUUGUAUGUAACAGCUGGUGGGGUAUAUGAUGAAAGAGGCUGGGAACUGCUAUAUAAAAUUAUACAGCUGUAGCAUGAUGUAACUGUUCUAUUAAUUUGCCACAGUUUUACUAUAGAGACAAAAGUAAAAACCGCAUCUAUGUCAUCCCUCUGGAAACCACAGUGUUGACUAUAUGAAUCUGUGCGAUAUAAUUAAAAUAACAAUUAAGUAGCCAGAUAUGUUCAUGACCUUGUUUAUAACCUUGAAUAAACUAUUUUGUA